GGGAGCGGGAGGGAAGUGAGGGUCUCGUCUGCUGUGGAUGUGAUGGAAGACGUCCUUGUCCAGCUCUGUGGCUCCCGCUCCUCGGACCCCGUUCCCAUCUGGGUCCAUGGACAUGUCGGCCUUUGCUUCAAUCACCUUCUCAUCAGCUGCAUCCCUCAUGUUCUCCUGGCUGUGAGCAGUGCAUGUCACGCUGGAGCUCCCAGGCAUGGCAUUUCUGGCUGCACGAGUGCUCCAUGGCUGUGCAGGACUUGCAUCUCCUUCGUCAUAUCGUGCCUUUGUGCUGCUGAUUUGGUCCUUGGAGCUCUUUUUCCCCGUGAAGUUACCACCAAUUUAGAGGUCCUUAACGGGAGUGUGUCCUGCUUAGCAUGGAUCACCCACUUUCUAUCACUCCUCAACCUCCGAAAGUCCUGCUAUGGAAAUACUCGGGGACCUGUGAGUCUGAUGUUUGCGGUCCUCCUGGUGACCCCGUCAGUGGUGAUUAUGAUGGUGUGGCUGUGUGAGGAGGGAGCAGUGAGGUCACCUCUGAACAUGGUGCUGGUCUCCCGCUUCUCGGUGUCAUGUCUUCGCCUCUUUUGCAUCAUUGUUUAUUUAUGCGCCUUUCUUGUCCCUCCUCGUCACCUCACGUCUCCUACCGUUGUCUCCGUCAACGAUGACGGUGAAUAUUCUCCUUUGGUCGCCUCGUUCCCCGACAGUGAUGAGGAACCAGCAGAGGACGGUGAAAGUUGGUUGUCACGAUUCUUCUAUUUUUGGAUGAAGCCCCUGCUACAAAGAGGAGCAUGUGGAGCACUGAAGUGCCCUCAGGAUGUUUAUCUUUUGCCCCGUCAUCUCCAAACACCAAGGAUCCGCAGGAACUUCUUCUCUAAGUGUGGCCCUGGAGCCCCGAGCCUCCUUUGGGCGCUGCACUCCUGUUUCGGAGCUCAUUAUUACUCCCUGGGAGUCCUGAAGCUUUUCUCCUGUGCUCUGAUCUUCAUGGGGCCUGUGCUGCUUAAUCUCCUGGUGAAUUUCAUGGAGACAAGGCAGGAGGCUCUCAGCUGGGGUGUGCUGUACACCAUCGGACUCUUCACCACUGGACUUCUUGGUGCCCUGGUUCAGAAUCAGUUCACACAUCAGAUUAACAAGCUGAUGCUCUCCGUGCGGGCCUCAGUGCUCACCAGCAUCUACCAGAAGACCCUCCGUGGGGAGGGGACUGGCCUGGCCAAGUUCUCCCCAGGGGAAGUCAUCAACUUCAUGAGCACAGAUGCUGAUCGGAUAUCGAACUUCUGCCGCAGCUUCCAUGAACUCUGGAGCCUCCCGGUGCAGUUCUCAGUCACACUCUACCUCAUGUACUUGCAGGUGGGCAUUGCCUUUCUCGGGGGUCUGGGCCUGGCACUUCUACUGGUGCCCCUCAACAAAGUCAUCGCCAGCCGUAUAAUGCACAACAACAAAGAAAUGCUGCAACAUAAGGAUGCCCGGGUCAAGCUGGUGACGGAGCUCCUGUCCGGGAUGCGGGUGGUGAAGUUUUACACGUGGGAGGAACAUUUUGCCCGUCUGGUGUCUACGUUACGGGCACGAGAGCUGCGCAGUCUUCGUGCUAUUAAGCUGCUGGACGCGGUGUGUGUUUACCUGUGGGCGGCGCUGCCCGUCCUUAUAUCCAUCAUCACAUUCAUCACCUAUGUGUUGCUUGGACACCAGCUGACUGCGGCUAAGGUGUUCACCUCCUUGGCUCUGGUGGGGAUGUUAAUUCUGCCCCUCAAUAACUUCCCCUGGGUGCUGAAUGGAGUUUUGGAGGCCAAGGUGUCCCUGGAGCGGGUGGAGAGCUUCCUGGGGCUCCCGGAGCAGGACAUGCUGCGCUACUACCGGGUGGAAGCUCCUUCUAGAAAUGGACGUCUGGCGGUGGAGAUGAGGAAUGCCACCUUCUCCUGGGGGUCAGAGGUCAAGGAAUCCAGAUCCUUCACCCUCUUUAUCCAGCAGCUGUCUGUGAAGGAGGGCAUGCUGCUGGCGGUUGUCGGGAAGGUUGGCUGCGGGAAGAGCUCGUUACUCUCAGCGAUCACCGGAGAACUUGGCAGGCUGGGCGGAGACUUGUUUGUCGCACACCAGGAGUUUGGAUUUGGGUUUGUAGCUCAGGAGUCGUGGAUCCAGUUCGCCACCAUCCGAGAGAACAUCCUGUUUGGGAAGGAGUACAAUGAGCGCCUGUACAAGGAGGUGCUGGAGGCCUGCGCCCUGAGCCCGGACCUCAACAUUUUGCCAGCUGGUGACCAGACAGAGGUCGGGGAGAAUGGCGUGACAUUGAGUGGAGGGCAGAAGGCUCGGAUAAGCCUGGCCCGGGCUGUAUAUCAGGAGAAGGACAUUUACCUCCUGGAUGACCCCCUGGCCGCAGUGGACACAGAUGUGGCCGCUCACCUCAUGGACAGAUGCAUUCUGGGUAUUCUCAGACACAAGACAAGGAUCCUCUGCACCCACCGCACCGAACUGCUGGAGAAAGCGGACGUCAUCGUACUGAUGGAGGACGGCGAAAUUGUCUGCACAGGUCCACCAGAAGAAGUCUUACCUCGGGUGCAGAAAUCUCCUAAGUUAACCCCAUCUUCUCUGCAGACCUCAGAUGAUGAGUCCAGCGUGAGUCCUGAUAGUUUGGAGGAUGGAGACGAGGGGCCGCUAGCAGCUCCAGGCUCGGGGUUUAAGAAGGAGGAGGAGAAGAAGGAAGGGGCCGUGUCCCUGCAGGUGUAUGUGGUAUAUUGGAGAGCGGUCGGGGCCACACUGGGGGCCUCCGUGCUCCUGGCGUUACUCUUCAUGCAGGCUUCCAGGAACGUCUCUGACUGGUGGUUGUCCUUCUGGAUCACCCGCUUACCAGACGCCCCCCAGAACUCCUCUCUGGUGAUGGUAACCCCUCCGGUGCUGGCGCCAUCUCUGCUGCUGUUUUCUGUUGGAGGUCUUGUGGCCCCGAUGAGCUGGGAGCAGUCCAUGGGGCCGAACACCUCUGUGGGCAUCAGCUUCUAUCUGUCAGUGUACGGGGGGAUUGCAGUAGCAAAUUCCGUCUUUACUGCCCUACGUGCCCUGCUUUUCGCACUUGGAACAGUUCGCGCAGCUACAGUGAUCCACGAGCGCCUGUUAAAGAGGGUCUUAAGGGCCACGGUCACCUUCUUUGACAGUACACCUGCUGGUCGCAUUAUUAACCGCUUCUCCUCUGACCUUUACUGUGUGGACGACUCGCUGCCCUUCAUCCUGAACAUUUUUCUGGCCAACGCGUUUGGUCUGCUGGGAAUGCUGGUGAUGAUCAGCUACGGGCUGCCGCUGAUCCUGCCCAUACUGGUGCCCCUGGCCAUCCUGUACUACUAUAUCCAGCGUUAUUACCGCCAUUCAUCGCGGGAGCUGAAGAGGCUGCAGAGCGUCACCCUGUCCCCCAUCUAUAGCCACUUCUCGGAGACCCUGACCGGCUUGACCACCAUCCGGGCCACACGCCAUGCUGACAGGUUUGCGGAGGAAUGUGAAUCUCGGAUGGAGCUGAACCAGCGCUGCCUGUUUGCCUGCAACACAGCUGUACAGUGGUUAGACAUCCGUCUGCAGAUGAUUGGAGUAGUAGUGGUUACCGCUAUUGCCAUCAUUGCAUUAAUCCAGCACCAGAGAAGCUCUGGAGAUCCAGGGUUGGUGGGACUGUCUCUUUCAUACGCGCUCUCCAUCACCGGUUUACUGUCCGGACUCAUCUCCAGCUUCACACAGACGGAGGCCAUGAUGGUCAGUGUGGAGCGAGCAGAGGAGUACGCCACCACGCUUCCCUCCGAGCCCACCCAGGGCACCGUGACGGUGCAGCCGGAGUGGCCCCAGCGAGGAAGCAUUGAGUUCAGAGACGCAGUUCUGUGUUAUCGGCGGGGUCUUCCCAAUGCUCUGGACGGGGUGAGUUUCAUUAUCCGUGCGGGGGAGAAGAUUGGCGUUGUGGGACGGACGGGCUCAGGGAAGUCCACUAUGUUCUUGGCGCUGUUCAGGAUGAUGGAGCUGAACUCUGGCCUCAUCCUCAUUGAUGAUGUGUCCACCCGAGAGCUGAGCCUGGACAUACUAAGGUCGCGGCUAGCCAUCAUCCCCCAGGAUGCCUUCCUACUGAGUGGGAGCGUGCGGCAGAACCUGGACCCUCUGUCCCAUCACACAGACGAGGAGCUGCAGGAUGUACUGGGCCAGUGCCACCUGCAGGACCUGGUGUCACGCAUAGGAGGCCUGAGCGCCGAUGUCGGGGAGAGAGGGAAGAACUUCUCCCUGGGGCAGAGGCAGCUCCUGUGUCUGGCCCGAGCUCUGCUAACUGAAGCCAAGGUUCUCUGCAUCGAUGAGGCCACUGCCAGUGUCGACCACCAGACGGACCACCUGCUGCAGGCGACCAUCCGCCAGAGAUUCCAGGAGCGCACCGUUCUCACCAUCGCACACAGGCUGCACACGAUCAUGGACUCUGACCGGGUGCUGGUGAUGCAUGCUGGGAAAGUGGCAGAGUUUGACUCCCCUAGAAUCCUGAGCAGCAACAGAGAUUCGCACUUCUACCGGCUAAUACACAGCGCCAACUCAGAAUGACAACGGACAGCGCCGUGAAAAUACUGCACUGUUAUGAGGCAGUACCGGCAGCGCAACACUACUGAUUAAGAUGUGCAGCGGGGACAGUACUGCUAAUGAUGUGCAGCGGUGACAGUACUGCUAAUGAUGUGCAGCGGUGACAGUACUGCUAAUGAUGUGCAGCGGUGACAGUACUGCUAAUGAUGUGCAGCGGUGACAGUACUGCUAAUGAUGUGCAGCGGUGACAGUACUGCUAAUGAUGUGCAGCGGUGACAGUACUGCUAAUGAUGUGCAGCGGUGACAGUACUGCUAAUGAUGUGCAGAGGUGACAGUACUGCUAAUGAUGUGCAGCGGUGACAGUACUGCUAAUGAUGUGCAGCGGUGACAGUACUGCUAAUGAUGUGCAGAGGUGACAGUACUGCUAAUGAUGUGCAGAGGUGACAGUACUGCUAAUGAUGUGCAGCGGUGACAGUACUGCUAAUGAUGUGCAGAGGUGACAGUACUGCUAAUGAUGUGCAGCGGUGACAGUACUGCUAAUGAUGUGCAGCGGUGACAGUACUGCUAAUGAUGUGCAGCGGUGACAGUACUGCUAAUGGUGUGCAGAGGUGACAGUACGGUUGGUGAUGUGCAGCGGGGACAGUACUGCUAAUGAUGUGCAGAGGUGACAGUACUGCUAAUGAUGUGCAGCGGUGACAGUACUGCUAAUGAUGUGCAGCGGUGACAGUACUGCUAAUGAUGUGCAGAGGUGACAGUACUGCUAAUGAUGUGCAGAGGUGACAGUACUGCUAAUGAUGUGCAGCGGGGACAGUACUGCUAAUGAUGUGCAGCGGUGACAGUACUGCUAAUGAUGUGCAGCGGUGACAGUACUGCUAAUGAUGUGCAGCGGUGACAGUACUGCUAAUGAUGUGCAGCGGUGACAGUACUAAUGAUGUGCAGAGGUGACAGUACUGCUAAUGAUGUGCAGCGGUGACAGUACUGCUAAUGAUGUGCAGCGGUGACAGUACUGCUAAUGAUGUGCAGCGGUGACAGUACUGCUAAUGAUGUGCAGAGGUGACAGUACUGCUAAUGAUGUGCAGCGGUGACAGUACUGCUAAUGAUGUGCAGCGGUGACAGUACUGCUAAUGAUGUGCAGCGGUGACAGUACUGCUAAUGAUGUGCAGAGGUGACAGUACUGCUAAUGAUGUGCAGCGGUGACAGUACUGCUAAUGAUGUGCAGAGGUGACAGUACUGCUAAUGAUGUGCAGCGGUGACAGUACUGCUAAUGAUGUGCAGCGGUGACAGUACUGCUAAUGAUGUGCAGAGGUGACAGUACUGCUAAUGAUGUGCAGAGGUGACAGUACUGCUAAUGAUGUGCAGCGGUGACAGUACUGCUAAUGAUGUGCAGCGGUGACAGUACUGCUAAUGAUGUGCAGAGGUGACAGUACUGCUAAUGAUGUGCAGCGGUGACAGUACUGCUAAUGAUGUGCAGAGGUGACAGUACUGCUAAUGAUGUGCAGCGGUGACAGUACUGCUAAUGAUGUGCAGAGGUGACAGUACUGCUAAUGAUGUGCAGCGGUGACAGUACUGCUAAUGAUGUGCAGCGGUGACAGUACUGCUAAUGAUGUGCAGCGGUGACAGUACUGCUAAUGAUGUGCAGCGGUGACAGUACUGCUAAUGAUGUGCAGCGGUGACAGUACUGCUAAUGAUGUGCAGCGGUGACAGUACUGCUAAUGAUGUGCAGCGGUGACAGUACUGCUAAUGAUGUGCAGCGGUGACAGUACUGCUAAUAAUGUGCAGCGGUUACAGUAC